AGAGCCCAGCAAGACUUUCAAGUCUCCUUCUGAGAGUUAAGGAAGCUCCUCUGCCUGUCUCUGCGUGCUAUUGCUGUCUUGUUUUGCAAAUCUGCAUUCAUCUCCUUCUCCUUCUACCUACAAGAGAAGCUCUGUGCUUGGUUACACAAGGAAACAAAGAUAUGGCAUCUGUGCUUACUUUUGCGACCGAGGGAAUAUUGACGAAGCUGACUUCCCUUGCUGCUCACGAAAUCAGUCUUGCCUGGGGAUUCAAAGCUGAACUAAACAGGCUUCGCAAAACACUGUCCACCAUUGAAGGUUACUUAGCCGACGUUGCCCAGGGACCACAAGGUCGGAGCAAAACAUCGCCCGUAGAAGAUUGGGUGACGAAUCUUAAACGCCUAGCUAAAGAUGCAGAUGAUGUCUUGGAUGAAUUCAACUAUGAACUUCUCCGGCGCAAAGUAGAAAUCCGAAAUCAUAUGAAGAAAAAGGUACUCAACUUCUUUUCACUCUCCAAUCCGGUUGCAUUCCGCCUUAAAAUUGCACAUAAAAUUCAGAAGAUCAAUGCAUCCUUGAAGAAACUCAAGAGUGAUGCAUCUGUCAUUGGACUUGUUUCCAAUAAAAUAGAUGCAGUCCCUCAAAGAAUUGGAGGACGCAUACAAACCGACUCAUUUCCUGAAAAAGAUGGAAUCAUCUUUGGCAGGGAGGAGGUUGUGUCAAACAUAGUUACAACCUUGACCAACUCCAACAUCAAUCAAGAAAAUCUUGCUGUUAUGGCCAUUGUGGGAAUGGCAGGGCUGGGAAAGACAACUUUGGCCAAGUCAGUGUACAAUAAUAAUUCAGUAAAAAAGUAUUUUGAAAAAAGGAUAUGGGUGUGUGUAUCUGAUCCUUUUAACAUCAAUGUGAUUUUGAUCUGCAUGUUAGAAUCUCUUGACCCAUCAAAAGCCACUGUAAGAGAAAAUCAAGAUGCACUGGUUAAAUACCUUGAAGAAGAGUUGAGAGAGAAAAGAUACUUGCUGGUACUUGAUGAUGUUUGGAAUGAAGAAUCGGAGAAAUGGGAAAGUUUGAUGACCUAUUUGUCAAAGUUGAAUUCUGCUCCAGGAAGCAAAAUUAUUGUCACUACCCGCAGUGGCAAAGUUGCAUCACUCACAGAAACACUUCCGCGGCCUGAAUUGGAACUUCUAUCAACGGAUGAAUGCUGGUCCAUAUUGAAACAUGCAGCUUGCUCAGAUGGUAGUUCUGAUAUACCUCUUGGUUUAGAGAGAAUUGGACGGGAAAUUGCUAAAAAUUGUGAAGGUCUACCAUUGAUGGCAAAGGUUUUGGGAGGCAUUUUGCGCUCUAAAAAGACUCCUGCUGAAUGGUCUGAAGUCAAAGACAGUAGAAUAUGGGACUUACCAAAGGCAGAAGAUAGAAUCAUGUCAGUUUUGAAGUUGAGUUUCGAUAAUUUGGAAUCACCAGCACUAAAGCAAUGUUUUUCAUAUUGCUCAGCGUUCAUGAAAGAUGCCAAGAUGGAAAGAGAUAACUUGAUUCAACUUUGGAUGGCUCAAGGAUUCCUCCAUCCUUCUCCUGAAAAAAAUAAUCUAGAGAUGGAGGAUAUAGGUAAUGAAUAUUUUGAUAUUCUAUUCCAAAGCUCCUUAUUUCAAAAUGCUACAGUGGAUGAUGAUGGCAUUGUUACUGAAUGCAAGAUGCACGAUCUAGUGCACGAUCUUGCAGAACGUGUAUCCGAAACUGAAAGCAUGAUGCGAGACUUCCACAAUGAAGAUGUUGCAACUCCCAUUAUAGAAAGAAUUCCAGAAGGAAGUAGUGGGAAAUUGAGAUCACUGUUUUCGAAUGCUGAAGCACUAACUCGAAACAUGUUGCCAGGGUUUAAAGCUUUACGUGUCUUAAAUUUAUAUGAGGCAGAUAUUAUGGAGCUCCCAAGUUCAAUCGAAAAGCUCAAACACUUGAGGUAUCUUAACAUUUCCGAAACAAGAAUCGAAAGACUCCCAAAUUCUAUUGGCAAGCUAUAUAACCUACAGACAUUAAGAGCAACAAACUGCGGUCUUAAAGAAUUUCCAAAAGCCGUGCAAAACUUGAUCAACUUGAGAUAUGUUUAUUGUGACGAAGGAACAAAAUUUCCAGCUGGGGUAUUAAGGAGAUUAACCAGCCUUCGAAAAUUACCUUGCUCUUUGAUGGGUAGUGAAAUUGAGGACCUGGCUGCCUUGAAUCAAUUGAAGGGUAAAUUGAUUAUUCGUAAUUUGGAAGACGUAAGGAAUGGAGAUGAGGCAAGUAAAGCUAAAUUAGAGGAGAAGAAAAAGGUACGCCACUUUUUAUUUGAAUGGACGCAAAACAGGUCAACAACCAAUAAUAAUGAAGAGGAUGUACUAGAAGGCCUCCAGCCGCAUUCUGAGUUGGAAAGGCUAGAGAUUCGAUAUUUCAUGGGUACUGAAUUUCCAUCAUGGAUGAUUAAGCUUGACAAUUUAAAGCAGAUUAGGCUUAAGGGUUGCGAUAGAUGUGAAAAAGUCCCAACACUCGGCCGUCUACCUCAUCUUACAGUUGUUUGGAUUCAAGGAUGUUGUGGUCUACAAUCUAUUCCAGAUUUAAACCUCUUCACAUCCCUUCGUGAAUUGAGCAUUGAAUCGUGUGAUAGAUUAGAAAGUUUGGUGAGCAGUGGGCCCGUCAAUGUUGUGAAGUUGCUUAUAACAGGUUGUAGUGGUUUACAAUCUAUUCCAGAUUUAAACCUGUUCACAUCCCUCCGUAAAUUGACCAUUGGAUCUUGUGAUAGAUUAGAAAGUUUGGUGAGCAGUGGGCCCGUCUAUAUUGUGAAGUUGCUGAAUAUAAUAGGUUGUGGUGGUCUACAAUCUAUUCCAGAUUUAAACCUCUUCACAUCCCUCCAUAAAUUGAGGAUUGAAUCGUGUGAUAGAUUAGAAAGUUUGGUGAGCAGUGGGCCCGUCAAUGUUGUGGAGUUGCUGAAGAUAAUAGGUUGUAGUAGUCUACAAUCUAUUCCAGAUUUAAGCCUCUUCACAUCCCUCAGUAAAUUGAGCAUUAAAAAUUGUGAGAGAUUAGAAAGUUUGGUGAGCAGUGGGCCCGUCAAUGUUGUAGGGAUGCUGAAUGUAACAGGCUGUAGUAAUCUACAAUCUAUUCCAGAUUUAAGCCUCUUCACAUCCCUCAGUGAAUUGAGAAUUACAUUUUGUGAGAGAUUAGAAAGUUUGGUGAGCAGUGGGCCCGUCAAUGUUGUAGAGAUGCUGUAUAUAACACGUUGUAGUAAUCUACAAUCUAUUCCAGAUUUAAGCCUCUUCACAUCCCUCAGUAAAUUGAGCAUUAAAAAUUGUGAGAGAUUAGAAAGUUUGGUGAGCAGUGGGCCCGUCAAUGUUGUAGAGAUGCUGAAUAUAACAAGUUGUAGUAAUCUACAAUCUAUUCCAGAUUUAAGCCUCUUCACAUUCGUCCGUGUAUUCUUCAUUGAAUAUUGUGAUAGAUUAGAAAGUUUGGUGAGCAGUGGGCCCAUCAAUGUGGAGUUUCUGUAUAUAAGAGGUUGUAAUGGUCUAGAAUCUCUUCCAGAUUUAAAACUCUUCACAUCCCUCCGUUACUUGGGCAUUAAAUCUUGUGAUGGAAUAAGAAAUGUGGUAGUAACAGUAGCCCGCAAUGGCCAAAAAACAUUGAAUUUUGUGGGAGAUUCCCGAACAUUCGACUUUGAAUUUUGUGGGAGAUUCCCGAACAUUCGACUUUGAAUUUUGUGAGAGAUUAGAAAAUUUGGCAGUAGUCGCCCACAAUGGCCACAAUCUCUCUUGUUGAGUUGGAAAUAAGCUGAUGUAUCUACCUAGUGUCACAGCUAUGCAACGCCUCAUCAAAUUACAAAGCCCUAGAUAUUUGGCAAUGUCCCCUUCUGAAGGAAAGAUGCACCAAGGAUAGCGGCCCAGAAUGGCCCAAGAUUUCUCACAUUCCACAUAUCGACAUUUAUGACUAGACAGCAGACAGAUUGACUCUAUGUGUACAAUGAAUUCGUAAUAGCUCCAACUUUCACAGUGAAGAAAUGUAUUUACCAAGUCUUUCUUAAUGGACUGUCGAGUACCUGCAGUAUCAUAGGAAUCAGAGUUGGGAUUCAGGUAGAAACUCAUGCCUGCAUGGUGCCAUACACCUUCAUGUUUCUGUCUCAACAAAUCUUGCUUUGAAUCCUGUGUGGCCCCGAAUCUAGUACUUUUCAACUGUUGAGGGGAAAUGUAAUAACUUUCAAAGGCAAAUUGGAAAACAAACAUUUAAGGGGAAGAACCUACCUUUCGUCCUGGGCUGGAAUCUUGCAACUCUGUUUUGCUAUCUCGAACCCCUGGUGGAAAAAUCUGUUCUAUCAUGAAAUAUGCUACAAACUGUCAUGUUCCUUUCUCUAUGGAUUGGAGGGUUUACCAGAGAAGUUAACGGACCUACCUUUCAUGUAUUGAAAAACUGUGUAUUUGUAUUGGUAGUUAUGGAUAUCUGAAGUAUCUAGCUGCACAUUGGAAACUGUAGAACACCUCAACAAGAAGAGACGCCCGAGUAGCCCAAGAUUUCUCAUAUUCCAAGGGUCAAUUGGUCAGCUUUCCGUCUUCUUUUUUUUCCCCAGUGCCUGAGGAGGUGGGUAGAGAGAGAUUGAUAUGGAGCGGAUUUUAUUCGCAUCGUAACAACUUAAUUGAAACAUAACAAAGAAGGAAAUGAAGGAAUGCCCUCUCUGUCGCACCAUGUAGUUGAUGCAAACAUGCAGGACUUUUCAGAUUUUGUUCCUACAUUUUUUAGCAUAUUCUUUGAAUGUUGUGAUAACCGGUGACAAAUAUUAACGUCAUAAGCAUCAGUUUCAGUACCAAUAUUGUUAUGACAUGCCCUGUUCUCUAAUGCCGGGAUGUGUGUAUAACUUUUGUUGGUUUGGCAUGUCAACCCAUUUCUUGUCUGUAAUUGAUAUAACCUUCAAGUAAUUUGAAACAUACUGGAUUUAAUGUGGGAUCAUGGAGAUUUUCUCGAUUAGUAGUGUGGGAUUUAAUUUGAAUCUUGAAAGUGUUGAACCCUUGUCA